AUGGCUCAACUGUUUCAGCAGAAAUCAGAAUCAAGUAUAUUCUUGAACGGAGAAAAAAUCAGUGGAUCAGACGUCCGUGAUCAACAUGUUCUUGCAGCACAAACACUUUCAAAUCUUUUAAAAUCAUCAUUUGGCCCAGUAGGCCUAGAUAAAAUGCUAGUUGACGAUAUUGGCGAUGUAACAGUUACUAAUGAUGGGGCAACUCUUCUUUCUAUGUUGCAUGUCGAGCAUCCAACAGGAAAAAUAUUGGUUGAACUUGCACAACAACAAGAUAAAGAAGUUGGCGAUGGGACAACAUCUGUAGUGAUCAUUGCGGCUGAAUUAUUGCGUCGAGCAAAUGAACUUGUAAAAAACAAAAUCCAUCCAACAACAAUUAUUACCGGUUACCGGCUAGCUUUAAAAGAAGCUACAAAAUAUCUCACUGAAGUGUUGCAAGUCAAAGUGGAUCAUCUUGGAAAAGACUGUUUGAUCAAUGUUGCAAAAACAAGCAUGUCAUCAAAAGUAAUCGGAAGCGACUCGGACUUUUUUGCAAACAUGACAGUUGAUGCUAUUCUUUCAGUUAGAACAAUAAAUGCUAGAGGAGAAAUAAAGUAUCCUGUGAAAGCAGUAAAUAUUUUAAAAGCACAUGGAAAGAGUUCUCGAGAAUCGAUUCUAAUCAAAGGUUAUGCAAUAAAUUGUACUGUUGCGAGUCAAGCAAUGAAAACUAGGAUUGUUAAUGCAAAAAUAGCAUGCUUAGAUAUAAGUUUACAAAAAACACGCAUGGCAUUAGGUGUAAACAUUGUAAUCGAUAAUCCAGACCAGCUAGAACAAAUUAGAAAGCGGGAAUCAGAUAUGGUUGUGGAAAGAAUUCAGAAAAUUCUUGCAUCUGGUGCCAAUGUUAUCUUUACAACAAAAGGAAUUGACGAUCUAUGUCUAAAAUUUUUCGUAGAAGCGGGAGUUAUGGCUGUAAGAAGGUGUAAAAAAGAUGAUUUAAGAAGAAUAGCAAAAGCAACAGGAGCUACAUUGAUAAGUACAAUGUCAAAUAUGGAGGGGGAAGAAGUAUUUGAAACUAGUUAUCUCGGAUAUUCAGAUGAAGUCUCGCAAGAACGUAUUUCUGAUGAUGAAUGUAUCCUUGUAAAAGGAACCCGUGCGUUAUCAUCUGCGUCUAUUAUAUUGAGGGGCCCAAAUGACUAUCAAUUAGACGAAAUGGAACGUUCUCUUCACGAUUCCUUAUCAUCUGUCAAAAGAACGCUAGAAAGUGGCUUUGUAGUGCCAGGGGGUGGUGCUGUAGAAGCAUCUCUAAGCAUCUAUCUUGAAAAUUUUGCAACUACAUUAGGAUCUCGUGAACAACUCGCCAUUGCAGAGUUUGCGUCUGCAUUGUUGGUCAUUCCAAAAACACUUGCUGUCAAUUCUGCUAAGGAUUCAUCUGAAUUAGUUGCUAAACUGCGUGCUUAUCAUGCUGCUAGUCAAAAUGAUACAAAAAAAAAUUACAGAACAUACGGGUUAGAUCUAAAAGCAGGAAAAGUACGCGAUAACAUUAAAGCGGGUGUCCUUGAACCUUCAGUUUCCAAAAUUCGAAGCCUCAAAAGUGCUGUUGAAGCAUCCAUUGCCAUUCUUCGCAUUGAUACAUCAAUCCAACUUAACCAAGAGAAACAAGAACCUCCUGAGAAUAUGCAUGAGCAUUAA